GGUCCUUCUCGAUGCUACGCCAACUGGCAAGAGUUCAUGUCUUGCUACGCUUCGGCCGAUACGCCUACGCAGUGCAUUCGCCCCAGGGACGAUUAUCUGGAGUGCUUGCACCAUACCAAGGAGAUGGCACGAGCCAAGACGAUCCGAGAACACUGGAUCCAGCGUCAAGCUCACGACGCCAAGAAAGCGCGAGAAGCUGGAGAAGUUCGAGCUACGGGCAGCAUCAUGAGUUUGGGACUUGUGGAGCAGGGCGCAAAGGGGGAA